UCUCACUGACAUGUGGGACCACCUCGUAGUGGGGUCAAACCGUCAUCGAGACGCAAUCGUCUCCUCCUCCGCGGCCCUUCGGCCGCCGCCGCUCGCCGUCGACUCGCCUCCGCCGCCGGAAUAAAGCAGCCAUUGGAGGGGCCGAUCUCCGUGCGUCGGUUGGAUUGGCGAUCAGGUUUCGCCAAGGAAGCGAAAGCAAACUCUACAGAAACAAACCCUGCAUAAAUCUGGGCAGAGGGUGAUGUGAAAUUGACCCUGUCUCAUCUGAUGAUGGCCGCGCCAUGUUCAGUGAAAUCUGAUGAACAGAGUUUGUUGCUGAGGUGCACAGAAUUUUACCUAGGAUCAGAGUAGACAUGCUACCUGAGUACUGGAUUUUCUCCAAGGGAAAAUACAUCGGCAUAUCGCAGAAGUUAACUUUUGGCGUCGCUCUCGUGCCAGCUCUGGACUAUGCAACAGCAGCAGCAGCAGCAAAGCCGGCGUGAGGCCGCGGCUCCAUUUGUCUCUGCUUCAACCGCACUCCUCCCGCCUCCAUCCAAUCCAUCCAUCCAUCCGCUGCUUGCACCGUCGGCUUCCUUUCUCGCGCGCUCGCGAGCCCCAGCAAUGGGGUGCUCCUCAAGAAACCCCACGCAUUGCGCCUCCAUAAAAUCCAACCAAACCCACUCUCGCUUAGUCGUGCAGCACUGCAACCACUGCAAGUAUUCAGCUCCCGGGGGCAGCCGUGAUCUUUGCGAGCAUUCUUUCUUCCACUUAGGUGCUAGCAGCUAGCAAAACUGCAAGAAAGGUGUACAAAAGGCAGGGCAGGAGGACAUACAGGAGGAGGUCGAUCGAGCGACGAUGGGCAGCUUGGGAGAGGUCGUCGAGCAUGGCGUCAGCAAGGAUAUGCUUCCGUUCGAUGGCCAUCCUGAUCCCGUCGUCGACGAGCUCAACAGGCUGGAGAAUCUCCUCAGAGAGAAGGACAGAGAGCUAGGACAUGCAUAUAGCGAAAUUAAAGGCCUAAAGGUGACGGAAGCCCUGAAGGACAAGGCCAUUGCUGAGCUGACCAAGGAGCUGAAGAAACAGGAUGAGAAGCUGAGUAGCCUGGAGAAGCAGCUCGAGCAGAAGAACCUGGACGUGAAGAGGCUAAGCAACGAGAGGAAAGAAGCGCUGUCUGCGCAAUUCGCCGCCGAGGCGACGCUCAGGCGGAUCCACUCGUCGCAGAAGGACGAGGAGGUCGUCCCGUUCGACGCCAUCAUCGCGCCCCUGGAGUCUGACAUCAAAGCAUACAGGCACGAGAUUGCAUUGCUCCAGGAUGACAAGAAGGCGUUGGAGCGGCACCUGAAGCUGAAGGAGGCGGCGCUGGUGGAGGCAGGGAACAUCCUGCGUAGCGCGCUCGAGAGGGCGCUGAUCGUCGAGGACGUCCAGAACCAGAACAUCGAGCUCAAGAAACAGAUGGAGAUCUACCAUGAGGAGAACAAGCUGCUGGAGAAGAGCAACAGGCAGCAGGUGCUGGACAUCGAGAGGCUCACGCACACCAUCGCCGAGCUCGAGGAGUCCAUUCUCUCCACCGGAGACGUUGCCAACGCUGUCCGCUUCUACCAGAAUCAGGCCGCCAAGCUGAACGAAGAGAAGAGGACGCUCGAGAGGGAGCUAGCUCGCGCCAAGGUCUACGUCAACCGUGUCGCGUCGACGACCGCGAACGAGUGGAAGGACGAUGCUGACAAGCUGAUGCCUGUCAAGAGAUGGCUCGAGGAACGGAGGCUCCUGCAGGGAGAGAUUCAACGGCUGCGCGACAAGAUUGCCAUGGCCGAGAAGUCUGCCAAGGCAGAAGCCCAGCUGAAUGACAAGCUCAGGAGGAAGCUCAAGGCGUUGGAAGAUGACAUGAGAAAUGAAUCAUCCAACACGUCUGCUAGCAAUAAGGACAACGCUACUAGCAAGCAAGCCACUCCAAAGAGGUCAUCGUCUCAGCCAAGACGACCAAUCAUCUCAGCUGACGGCGCCGACAAGAGAAGGCCGGCGUCUCAGCCAAGGGCAUCGGUGUCAGGGAAAGUUCUGAAUAAGCAACCUGGCUCUGAAACCGAAGCUGCAGAGAAGAACAGGCAUGCUGCUGCUAAACGGUUUGACAGCCCGAGAUCAGCAAAGAGCGUUGCUGCUGGUGGCAGAGGAGAACGUCCUGUGAGAAGCCAUCUGUGGGCGCAUAGGAGCAAGGUGGCUGAUGAUGCUGGCAAGGAGAACAAAGAACAGAACCCAAAUUACAAGGCGCAUUUGGGUGAUUCGCAUGCAGAUGGUGACUGUGGGGUGCAGUGCAGCGAACAUGAAGAAGCCAUGGAUUUGAGGAAAUUGGACGAGGGAAAGGCUGAUGAUUCUGAUGCUGUAAAAAGUACCAAGGACAGCUGUGAAAUUUGAAGGUUGCCUUUUGGAUUGUGGAUAAUGCAUAAUAGAAAACAGAUGGUACUUACCAUGUACAGAUGCAUCAUUGCGACUUAUUUGAAAAGCGUGUGAGCCUCUCUGAAGCUUUCUUCAAUAUUUUAGUUUUGGAGAUUAUUUGGACAACAGAACCGGCAAUGGUCUUCGUCUUUGUUAUAUCUUGUACAUAUAAAUCAUGCCAUAAGCUUCACAAGUGCAUUUUGUGCCUGUAAAAAAACAGAUUCAAUUUGUAGUGUUUUGAGGAAAGGUUUGUUUCAUUAAAUAAAGAAAGUUGAUGCAAUGUAACAAAAAUGCAAAUAGAAAUAUAAGUGAAGGGUGUUUCUCUUAAUUGUUUUUUUUUUGUUUCAGAUGUUCCAGAUUUUUUUUUUGGCAAAGAAUUGUUCCAGAAUUAUUGCUACAAGUCAGUAAUUUUCGUGUGUUCGCGCAGGUUAACUACAAGUUGUAUGUUGUACUUUUGGCAUAUUUACCAGAAAUGAAGUAAAUAAAAUAAGUGUUAGGUUGAGGUAUUGAAUGAAAAACAAAGGUGAAGUUUGUUGUA